GUGCUAAUCCUAUUACCUAAAAUUUUGAGCUAAGUAUGAUCGCACGAUAUCCUAAUUACGAUCUGGAUCAAUCACCUAUUUUUAGAUCAGAAUCGGAGUUCUGAUAACCAUGAGUGUAUUCACAAAAAUGGGAUUUGAACUUGGCUGAUUUAGCAAACAAAGGAAAUUCCCAGCCCCGAACGCCAUUUCCAUCAUUGAGAUUUUUCGGAUUUGGGAAUGUCCUCUUCAUCUUCUGCCCAAAUGUUUCAUCUCCAGGUCUUCUCUAUCAAAAAUAUUCUUGAACAUGACAUUGCUGGCUUUGUGGGGGUAGAAAAAAGGUUUGAUUGCCUAGUACUAAAUCCCUGAAGAAAUUAUUUUGGCUAUCCAACAGCUGUCAAUCCACAGCACCUUUGUUUAUCUGUAACGAUUUUCUUUAGGAUUUUCCCCACACUGCAUCCAGAGUUCAGGAGCUAAUUGCGACCCUCGUCCUCUUUUCCAUUCUCAUCCGUCCACCUGAAACUUGUAUUCCCCAUUUCUUCCCUCAUAACCCCCUCAAAUUUCCUCAUUCAAACCUGCGAGUUUCACCAUCAUCCAUGUUUCUCCAUCCUAGAGAAGAAAAAUCGUCGCCUCUGGUCUACUUCCGCAUGGAUGAACAAAGUGAAGUCAUUUUUAAUUGUCUUCAUUAAUGCUCAAAAGCAUAUUAGUGUUAUUCCCGCAACCACUAUUUUGUCACUCUUCCAAGUCAAUCUGCCUCUUAGCGGGAGUUGGCCAGGAGGUUAUGGCUCUCCAACAGAUUGGUGUCUCAGAUGUGACAGCCAUUGAUCUUGUUGACUCCCCUCCACUGGUUAGUCGUGCUGAUCCUUAUUACUUGCCGUUCUUUGAUGAUGCUUUCGAUUUUGCAUUCUCUGCUCAGUUUGACAUUGUUUUGUUCCCCUCUCGGUUUGUUGCCGAGAUGGAAAGGACUGUUCAGAUUGGUGGCUAUUGUCUUUUGCUUGUUGAGGAAUGUACAAAUAAGGAAGUAAAAGAUAUUGCACAGUUGUUUAAGCGAGGAUUUCUGGUUGGUGCCAAUAAUUUAACAUUUAGUGGGUCGAAAAUGACUUAGAAUCGUUAUGAUGAUUACAAAUUUUACAUCAUCGUCAUACCCACUACCCAGUGAAUUCCGCUUAUAAAAAAAACUAUAAGCAUUGUUUAGAAAGGGAAGGAUGACGGCAAUCAUACUCAUAAAGGAGAGCGCUACUAAAAAGUCCCUAUUUGAAUUUAUUGUUGGAUAUAUAUUUGAAUUUAUUGUUUGGAAUGUAAUUGAAUUGAUUAUUUCCAUUUGUAAUUAAACAGUCAGUUUAGUGCUAUAUAGUCGAAUUCAGCACUAUAUAGUUGAAUUCAGCUAAACUGCGAAUCACUCUUACAACGGAAGAUUUCUUUUUAUGUCGAUAUCUUUUGGGAAAACGAGUUCCAUU